AUGAAAGGCAGAGAGGAUGUUAGCUUCCCGACGCUCGACGGUCUUACUCUGCGGGGGUGGCUCUAUCCUGCAGCACAGAAAGGCCCAGCAAUCAUUAUGACGCCUGGCUUCAAUAUGACCAAGGAAACUAUCAUCAGCGAUGUCGCUGAAUACUAUUUCGCGGCAGGCUUCACAGUCCUUAGCUACGACCCACGGUCAAUCGGUGCAAGCGAAGGUCUACCACGAAAUGAAGCUAACCCAGUCAAGAACAUGGAGGACUACAUGGACGCCUUAACCUUCCUGAAGUCGCACGAGAUGGUUGACCCUACUAGAAUUGCUUAUUGGGGUUACUCGUUUAGUGGUAUGGUGGCGCUAUGCGCAGCUGCACUUGAUAAACGAGCUAAGGCCGUCAUUGCCUCGGGUCCAUUGACUAUCUGGGAGUUCAAAAAAUGGAAACCAGUACUGGCUAAAUGCAUGAAAGACCGAGAGUCUCGUUUGGCGGGCAACAGGCCAGUGAAUCUUCCCAUGUUGACGGAAACUGGCGAACAACCGGCAGGAUUUGGCGAAAAUUUUGAAAGCGAGGGUGUGCUCAACAUCAUUGCUCGCGCUGUUGAGUUGCAACCCAAUUUCAGACCCGAGACAGCGCUAAGCAGCUAUUAUCAUAUCGCUGCUUUCCAGCCGUUUUCGCUUCUUCCGUUUGUAACACCAACACCAGCAUUCGUCGUAUACGGCGAGCAAGAUCAGAUUUCGCCAGCUCAUCUUCAGAAAACCUUAAUUUACGAUGUUCUCUCGGAACCAAAACAACUUCUUACCGUGCCAGAUAAGGCGCACAUGAAUCUUGUAAGCGGGCAAGGAUCUGACAGGAUACUGGAUAAACAGAUCGAGUUCCUCAAUUGUGUGUGGACAAAGAGUUGA